CCGUAUUAUAAAUAGCCUCCCUCACCUCCAGCCACACCAGACACCACUCGCACUUGCACCUCCAGCUCGGAGGAGACCCGAAACGAAGCAACGACGCGGCACGAGCAAGGCUCCAUGGCGCGGCUCCUCCUCGCACUCGUGGCCACCACCGUGCUGCUGCUGCUCGCCGCCGCCGGGGGCGCGCCGGCCCAGCAGCAGCAGGGCUGCGGGAACGCGACGUUCCCGGCGGGCCGGUCGUUCGCGCGGUGCAACACCCUGCCCGUGCUCGGGGCCAGCCUGUACUGGACGUACCACGCGGCCAACGGCACCGCCGAGCUCGCGUUCCGCGCGCAGUCCGACGCCACCGGCUGGGUCGCCUGGGGCAUCAACCCCGGCGGCGCCGGCAUGGCCGGCAGCAACGUCUUCGUCGCCUCGCCGGGAGGCGGCGGCGCCGUGUCCGUGCUCACCACCAUCCUGAAGACCACGUCCCCCGCCCUGGACAACACCACCCUCUCGUUCGCCGUGCCGGUGCCGCCCACCGCCGAGUACGCGGCCGGCGCGUACACGAUCUACGUCACCGUGGCGCUGCCGGGGAACUCCACGCAGCAGAACACGGUGUGGCAGGCCGGGCCGGUCAGCGCCGGGGCCAUAAUGGCGCACCGGAUGUCCGGCCCGAACCUGAAGAGCGUUAAGAGGCAGGACUUUCUGUCCGGCUAG